AAUUAAAAUAAAUGAAAUAUAUAGAAAGAUAUAGAAUAUAAUGGAAAAAUGGUCUUUAAUCUGAGGCGUUCUUUAAUUGAGGGGUUUUUAAUUAGAGGGAGACCUGAAUAGGUGCACAGCGAGGGAUUGAAACCCCGACCUCGAUGCUGGGAAACAAAACCGCUUCCUCAAAAUCAAUAUAUGUCAUGUAUCAUUGUAUCAUUAUCAAGUGGAAGCAAUUAAACAAUAUUUAAUAAAAUAAUAGAUAUCUCGUUUACGUGGUUUUUACUUGAAAUAUAUAUAAAUUUUACAUGUAUGAUACAGCCAAAUUUCUUCGAGACAUUAUGCGCAUCAACACAAAUCACAUGUUAAUAAUAAGAUGGCCAACAAGGAAAUACCAAUAAUAAGGGACUAUCGUGAAACAGAAGUUAUAACUUUCUAGUUUCGUUCUCUUUAAUGUUUAUAGAAUAUAUUAUUAUUAUAUAACUUUUAAAGUUUCAGUUAUUUAUUUGUAUCACAUUUUAGGGUAUUUGUUUAUUAUCGAUGCGUUGUGAAAUACUAUAUAUAGCAAUCUUGUUUGUAAUAUUAUCACUUCCCUCUGAGACGGCACUUCGACUACUGCAAUGUCCAAAUUAUUCUUUUGCUUCCUGGUGUUGGUAUGUUCAUUGCCUAAUACUGAAGGAAGAGCAAAAAAAUGUUACGGGCCACUCGGUUGCUUUUAUAAGUAUACCGAUAACUUAUUAUUCGACGAAUUACCAUCGACUAGAAAUGCGGUGGGAACCACAUUUACUCUUAAAACCCGAGCUAUGACUAAACCUAAAUCCAUAUCAGCAAGUGAUGUCUCGAGCUCAAACUUCAAUUCAGCGAUCCCGACUAAGUUUAUUAUUCAUGGUUUUGAUGAAAGCGGCUCGGAAUAUUGGGUGAGAGAAAUGAGACGAUUGCUCCUAAUUGAAGGCAACUAUAACGUCAUCGUCGUGGAUUGGGAAAAGGGUGCGGAAGAUGAUUCAUUCGAAGCUGACUACAACGAUGCAGUAGGCAACUCACGAAUUGUUGGUGCAGAAGUCGAUCUCCUGAUAACUAAAUUACAGAGUGUUUACACCAACAUCUCAUUGGAUAGUAUGCAUUUGAUCGGGUUCAGCUUAGGAGCUCAUGUAGCAGGAUUUGCUGGAGAUAGGCUGAACGGAGGAAUUGGACGUAUUACUGGGUUAGAUCCAGCUAAAUUUGGAUUCCAAAAUGAAAGGACCAAUCGAAGACUGGAUCCUUCAGAUGCUAAGGCCGUGGAUGUCAUUCAUACCGACACCUUUUCUGCUGGUAUAGAUCAUUCAGUCGGAGACGUAGACUAUUAUCCAAGUGGUGGAGAUGAUCAACCUGGAUGUGAGUGGUAUAAAAUGAAAAUUGGGUGCGAUCACGAAAAAGCUGUUGAAUAUUUCUUGGCAUCGAUAAGGGACCAACAACCGUUUAAUUGCAAAUACUAUCGCCGGAAAUACCGUAAAAAAUGUACCGAGAAAUAGUGCAGUCUGGUAAAAUCAGGUCUUUUAAUAUAGCAUCUUUAUAUGUAGACCUAUGUAGUGUUUAAAUAUAGGUCUAUUUAUAGAUUUUUAGUCAAAUGUGUUUGUAUGAUGUAAACCUAUCUUGAUAAUUUUUAUAGUCUAUAUAUUAGGUGUUUAAAUUAGUGUUUUUCAUGUUUUCUGUGCAUGUUAGAAACAGAACUUGGGUCUUCUUCAGACUGUUCAAGCAAAGACUGUAAAUCAAAGAUGUGCAUAUUAAAAAUGACGUCAUUCUACAUAUUUUUUUUGACGCAAUUUGCGCUUUCUGCGUUUCAAACUAGGUAAAACCAAGUAAAACACAGAAUUACCUCGAAAUGCAUACAAGAUACGCAAGAUAGAUAGACUGAAACUGUAAAGACCUUCGUAUGGCUGGGUUUUAUGGCGUAAGUGGUUAGAACUCUCCACCAUACCCACUAGGAGAAUCCCCUAACUUGCAGCGUCAAUGUGCUGAAUUUCGUAUUGGAGUGGUCCGUGACUACUAUAGCCGCCGUAGAGGCGUUUAUAGUCUAUGAUGUUCUAGGUAUCGAAAUGGGUAUUCUAUUGUAUAUCGAUAAUUAUUCAUUUCCUGUUAAUCUUAAUUAAUUAUUGAAAAAUAUUGUCCUGUUUUAAACUCUAAGAUGGUCAGUUGGAACAUAGCUGAAGUGCUGGAGUGCUGUUUCAUUUUGAAGAAUUUUCUCAGGAAAUUGUUCACACCACUCCACCAGGUUUGGAAAACCAAACCCGCUUACUACACAGCUCCCAGUGUAUAACCAGGGUGUUGUUAUAACUCUCUGGUAUAACUUAAGCCACCUUAAUGUUUCUACAGUCUCCAUUAAUUCUGUGCAGUGUUUACAUCCUGUAACGAAGUUUCUUAUUAAUGUUGUUACUGUGCGUGGUGGGGUGUUAUCAUUCAUUAUUUUUAUCAUUCUUCAUUUUAAAUUAUGCACUGCUUUUUUAGAUUGUGUAAUUUGGUUGAAAUUAUGUUGGUGUAAUUUAUAGUUUAUUAUAGCAGACAUACAAACAUUCGAAACAAUAAAGGAUUGAAUUGCUAUUGAAAAA